CGUCUCUCUAGGCCAGACUGCAAGACAUUGGAAUCAGGCAGUAAAUACACAUAGUUGAACAUAGCAUAUUCUGCUUUCCCAUUGCAUCAAGAAUUUAGAGCCUCUCAAACUCAACCACAUGAUACAGUAGGUGGCGUCAUUCAAACCACUUCUGGCUUCAUGGCUUUAAUGGCGAACAUUGGGAUCGGGCCUAUGAUUGGCCCGUAGACACUGAAAUAUAGGCAGAAGUAAAAGUGGUAAGCCCAAGCUUUUUUCAAUAAGGAGACUUCAAGAGAACCAGACCAGAGCGUUUUACUCACUUUUAAUUCCUCAUAUUUAAGUGAUGUGCUCAUAAAAUAGCCGAUCCCAACUGUUAUCUCCUUUCCUGUACAUUGCACACCAAGUUUAGAUAUAGUAUUUUAUCAUGCAAGGUUGCAUGAUCAAAUAUGUAUAUAUAAUAAUUACUCCGAUACAUUGAAGAAGACAAAUAAUUAAUGGUCAAAUCAAUAAUUUUGUCUCCACUUCUUUAGAUAUCAUAUACAUAAUUCAUGCCAAGGGAGAUCUUUGUUUCAGAUGUAAUUCCCUGUAUGACGCAGAUACAUUGUGAGCUGACAGAGCAUGCUGGAGCAGUUGCACACUACAAUGUGCCUUUACCCAAGGGCACACGGCUCUCCAUGGGAUAUUAUCUCCCCUGUGUGCAGCUCUCAGUAACAUCACCCAUUGCUACCCUACCAGUCAGCAUAUAUGACAGUAUUAAUCAAGUAUGUUUCUACAAGUGCAAUACACAAAACAAUGAUAUUUCUCGCAUUAGUUACUAUACUCUAACAGUUUUGAGUUCCAAGAUGCUAAGCUGAACAUUCAACAUUCAAUUUACCAAGCAAGUCAUGAUCUUCAAAACCUAAUUGUUUGUGAAUAAUGGUUUCCCUCCAAAAGGUUUAGCUGUAACUGUGUUGUGAGUGAAGGAAACAUCCUGAAAAUUGGCUUAAUGCAAAAGGGAUUUAAUCAAACACAGCAGACAACGUACAGUGGUCUGGUGAGACCCGUGUCUCUGGGUUCAGGGGGAAAAGCACUCCAAAAUAUUUAGCAGAAAAUGCAAUCCCAGCCGACGUUUGAAGUUUAUCAGUUCAGGGCAAAACAAGACAUUAGAUACCGCAGAGUGUUUUUGCCCCAAUCUCCGGAAUUUUUGAAAGAUGGAGAGAAAGCAAAUCCUGUGCUACUUUUCAUACACACAUCUGCAGCUACAAGCUUAGAGUAGAAUGCAACAAAACAACACGCCACCCAAGAUGCGCAAGUAUUGAACUUAAUACAUAUUGUAUUAGGCCUGCCAGGUUGACUAUAAGUACAAUAAGGCAUAACAUUAUGGGUGGUAUCUGGUUAAAUACACAAGUCAUCUUCAUAUUCAGGAAAUGUGUGUGUACAAGUGCCUUUAUCCUAUGUGUCCAGAUGGGUGAAGACCUCGAGCUCAAAUAAUGUGGCAGAUGUUUUAAGACUGAAAGUGGGGUUUUGCAUUAUGCAUACCUCUUUUUUCACUAACAGACCGAUGGCUGUGGUCUUAAUGGAUUGGACAUAAUUAUACAGUGGGUGAAAUAAGUUUAAACACGUCACCAUUUUUCUCAGUAAAAUGAGUGCAUUACUUUACUGUUUUCUUUGAGACAACAGUACCUGCUAAUUGCAGGUCUUUUUGAACGUCUCCACAAGUGGUCCUUGGCUCUUGGACAACUCUUCUGAUUAUUCUUUUCACUCCUCUGUCAGAAAUCGUGCGAGGAGCACCUGGUCGAAACAAAUUUAUGGUGAAAUGAUUGUCUUUUCCGUAUUAUGGCCCCAACAGUGCUCACUGGAACAUUCAGAAGCUUAGAAAUGCGUAUAACCAAUGCCAUCUUUGUGUUUUGCAACAAUUAGGUUGUGAAGGUCUUGAGACAGCUCUUUGCUUUUACCCAUCAUGGGACAUGUCUUGUGUGACACUUUGGCAAUGAGACCUUUUUGUAGGCCAUCAGUUGGGACUGAACCAGCUGAUAUCAAUUUGCACUGACAAGGGUGUGGAUUGCUUUUUAAUUACUGAUAGUUUUCAGCUGUUGUCUUGGUCUUCCAUAACUUUUUGAACCUCCCUUUCUUCAUGUGUUCAGUACUUUUUCCCUGUGUAAUUUCCCAUUUUUACACUUUAUUUAUGAACUUCUUUGUUUUGGUUUCUUUGUAUGUAUGUAAUACUUGGGUUGUUACCAACAUCUGGUGAAAAUGUCAUGUUGAUAGCUCCUUUGGAAAUAUAUUUAAAAUGGUGACGUGUUCAAUACUUAUUUCACCCGCUGUAUGGUUGACAUGGAAACCUUCAUGAAAGAAAGCCUACACGCUUCCGCCCUGUUUCCCAAAUGUUAACGAGCAGGUCAAGUGUACUGCGAGCAGCACCACGGACAGCGUUUCAUUGAAAGUCAUUUUUAUGUAAAGUCGUGUGGACAACUACUCCAACGUGUGGGAUUCCCAAAAUAUUAAAUGCUUAUUAUUUCAUCCAUCAAAUCAGCUGAGUGGUCACAAUAGCUUUCAGUCUCCUACAUUAACCAUUAUGCAUACUGCUAAGUUAGCAACAGUUUUGAUAUUUCUACCAUUGAAUCAAAGGAUGGCUUGGAAUAUUAAAGUGUUGUUAAGCCUUGGCUUUCAUCACCUGAAUUGAUCAAUCUUUUCAGCACCAUGGACAGCAACUCCAAGGAGCUCAUGGCAUCCAAAUGCCCGAACUGAACUCUGGUUGCUCCCGAGGAGUGAGGAUGGACAGCAGAUUUUUGCAAACUCUGAUCGACUAUCUCAGAUACGCCCUUGCAAGAUAAGAUCUCAUUUAAAGCAAUAGGUUUGUGUGGGAAAUUACAUUAACCAAGCAAGCUUACAAACAUGUUAAAUUGUUCAACACUUUAGAACUACUGGGUUUUGAGAGUAACUAACCAACUGACAUUUUAGACAAGCUUAAUUGCAAUUUCAUGUCCGUCAUUAAAAUGCAAAACUGCUACGUAGCUUAGCAUGGAUAGGUGGUAGCAGCUGUAGCCUGGCUCUAUCUAGGGAAUUAAAACUCAACCAGAAGUUUUAAAGCAGCCUAACAAAAAUGUAGCCGUUACCCCAGGUAAAACCAUGAAUUGUGUAUUGACACAGUUGAAAACUCAAAUUGCUGCACCACAGCAGUAAAUUUAGACACAUAAAGCACACAAAACAUGGCUAGAAAAAAGAAUAGUACAAUUAAAACACAAGUUACUGCAUGCUCGUCAGUUAGUCACAGGGCUGUAUGUGUGGAAACAAAUUCAUUACAGAACGGAUUUCGCUUUAAACCCACAGUGCCUGUUCAGAAAUAUGACGUGGCGUAGUUUAAAUUCACUCACGACGGAGAGGCUACAGAGAGCUUCGGUAGUAUGAGACCGCGCGAGCGCAGCGUGGCUCACCACCGUGCGUUGGAAAGUGCGCGGUCGCUGAAAUGACUUGUUAUUUCUAGAAGGAAACAAUAUACCGUAGGGCAAACACGACUAACACGCGCGUUUAUGUCCCGAUAACGCAUCGCCUCGGUGCACACCAAGGCUGUGCUCGUGUCUUUACCCGAGGUGGAGGGAACUGCAUCCCACGGGAGCAACGUCACUCCCACCGGCGAUAUCAGCCGCUGUCUGCUGGACGCGCCGCACACAGCAGCGCGCACGCAGGGCGUCAGGACCCGCAUCCGCGCUCCACGCGAAAUGCUCCGCGAGCACGACGUGACUCGAGCAAUCCUCCCCGAUUCCGUGCGUCUCGGCCGAGGAGGCAUUUACAAGCGCAGGUGUAAAAGCGGGGUAAAAGAACUCCUCGGAGAAGUGGGAAUACGGUGAUUCUAGAGAGAGAGAGAGAGAGAGGGAGAGGGAGAGAGAGCGCGCGUCGGGCAUGGUCCGCGGCAAAGAGAACGUCACAAAGAACCAACAUCUGUAACUUUCGGAUUUCUUCUCGUGAAGGUGCUUUUUUUUACUGGAGAUCGUGGGAUAUUGUAUGUGUAAAAAUGCCUGUUAGAAGAGGUCACGUUGCGCCACAAAACACAUUCCUCGGAAUGAUUAUUCGGAAAUUCGAGGGGCAGAAUCGGAAAUUCGUGAUAGCCAACGCCAGGGUGGAGAACUGUGCGAUUAUAUAUUGCAACGACGGCUUCUGUGAGAUGACGGGCUUCUCGAGACCGGACAUUAUGCAGAAGCCAUGCACCUGUGACUUCCUCCACGGCAACCUGACAGACAAGGAGGCCAUCGGCCAGGUGGCCCAGGCUGUGUUUGGCUCCGAGGAGCGCAAGGUGGAGAUCACUUACUACCGUAAGGAUGGGUCUGACUUCCAGUGUAACAUUCACAUAAUCCCUGUGAAAAAUGAGGAGGGCGAGGUGAUGAUGUUUAUCUUAAACUUUGAUUACAUCGUGGAUGAGGAGAGUGACAACUCCACAGAGAAGCUAAGCCCAACGUCCCCUACAAAGUCAGAUCAAAGAAGGAGUAGAUUCUUCCGCUUCCGCCACGCCGCUUUGAGCCUGAUGAAUACCAAACAAUCUCUUCCGCAAGAGGACCCGGACGCUGUGAUGGUGGAGCCGCCCAAAGAGAACGAGGGCUCGGUGGCCCUGCAGAGCUUCCCUUCACCCACCAAGAGCGUGUGCAGUCCUAUUGAGAUCGAUGACACGCAUGGCCUCAUAGGAUCAAGCCGCCACUCUUCCCAGGCCAGCGUCGGCCCGGAACCGCUUGGCCAUUCAUCCCCCAAGCACCUCUGGGACAAGCUGUACCAAACCGAGCCACACCAAUCUUCCACCACCCUGUCGAACACCUUCCCCAGAGGCAGCACCAACAGCAUGAGGCGAGCCUCGUCCGUCCAUGAGAUGGAGGCCUACAGCUCAAAUUCCAAAAGCGUAUUCAAGGAUCGGCAUACCACUGAAGGCGCCUUUAAUCAUGUGAAAUCCAGCCUGCUUGGCUCUACGUCGGAUUCUAACAUCCAUAAGUACAGCACCAUCCAGAAGAUCCCUCUGAUUGCGCUCAACUUCUCUGAGGGCACUGAUAAAAAGGCUCAUUCUCCACCAGCGCCCGAGGCAACUAUCAUAGCACCAAAGGUCAAAGACAGGACCCACAAUGUCACAGAAAAGGUCACGCAGGUCCUGUCACUCGGAGCCGACGUUCUUCCAGAGUACAAACUCCAGACCGCCCGCAUCGACAAGUUCACCAUCCUUCACUACAGCCCCUUCAAAGCUGUGUGGGAUUGGCUGAUCCUGCUGCUGGUCAUCUACACUGCAAUCCUCACUCCUUACUCUGCUGCUUUUCUUCUCAAUGACACGGAGGAAUCGAAGAGGCGCGAAUGUGGAUACUCCUGCAGUCCUCUUAAUGUAGUGGAUUUGAUGGUGGACAUCAUGUUCAUCAUCGACAUCCUCAUUAACUUCAGGACCACCUACGUAAACCUGAACGAGGAGGUCGUCAGCGAUCCGGCUAAGAUAGCCAUCCAUUACUUUAAAGGCUGGUUCCUUAUAGACAUGGUGGCGGCAAUCCCCUUCGACCUUCUCAUCUUUGGUUCAGGAUCAGAUGAGACCACCACUCUGAUUGGCCUGUUGAAGACGGCCAGGCUCCUGCGUUUGGUGCGUGUAGCCAGGAAGCUGGACCGCUACUCUGAGUACGGCGCCGCCGUCCUCAUGCUGCUCAUGUGCAUCUUCGCCCUCAUCGCCCACUGGUUGGCCUGCAUAUGGUACGCCAUCGGCAACGUGGAGAAGCCCUACCUGGAGCACAAGAUUGGCUGGCUGGACAAUCUGGGCGUGUCCAUAGGAAAACGGUACAACUACAGCGACCCGAACUCCGGUCCCUCUAUCAAGGACAAGUAUGUCACAGCCCUUUACUUCACCUUCAGCAGCCUGACCAGCGUGGGCUUUGGAAAUGUUUCCCCAAACACAAACUCUGAGAAGAUCUUUUCCAUCUGUGUCAUGCUGAUUGGCUCUCUCAUGUAUGCCAGUAUUUUCGGAAACGUCUCUGCCAUUAUCCAGAGGUUGUACUCCAGCACGGCCCGAUAUCACGCUCAAAUGUUACGGGUCAGGGAGUUCAUACGCUUUCAUCAGAUCCCCAACCCGCUGAGGCAGCGGCUGGAAGAGUACUUCCAACACUCCUGGGCCUACACCAACGGCAUUGAUAUGAACACGGAGGUGUUGAAAGGUUUUCCAGAGUGCCUGCAGGCAGAUAUCUGCCUCCACCUAAACAAGAGUCUUCUUGAAGACUGCAAAGCAUUCCAAGGAGCCUCCAAAGGGUGCCUGAGGGCCCUGGCCAUGCACUUCAAAACCACUCAUGCGCCUCCUGGAGACACUCUGGUCCACAGUGGCGACGUGCUCACCGCUCUCUACUUUCUCUCCCGUGGCUCUAUUGAGAUCCUGAAAGAUGACAUUGUGGUAGCCAUCCUGGGAAAAAAUGACAUCUUUGGAGAAAUGAUCCAUCUCUUGGCCAAGCCUGGCAAGGCCAACGCUGACGUGCGAGCACUGAGUUACUGUGACCUGAGCACCAUCCAGAGAGAAGAUCUGCUAGAAGUAAUCGACAUGUACCCGGAGUUUGCCGACUAUUUCUUCAACAACCUCGAGCUCACCUUCAAUCUCAGAGAUGAGUCUCCAAAGCCCUCAAGCUCCCAUGCCGGGAAUUCAGAGGGCGAGGGAAAUAAGAGCAUUAAAAGAAGGAUCUCCUUCACACCGGAUCUAUGUAAAGGCGAGAGCAAGGAAGUGGUCAACGACUUGAGUGGGAGGAGGGAGUCCAACUCGUGCCUAAGAAGAAGUUCAGGAUCCCUUGGUACCUCUCAUCCCAAAGCCCCAGUCCUGAACCCUAAUCUCGUUGUCAGGGACAACGCGGAGAGGAGGCCGUCCUUCGAAGAUGUUUGCUGUGAUAAAUGGGCCUGUAAGAAGCCUACGGACUACCUGGAUGAGCCAGCGCAUCUCCACGACCUGAGAGGGGACGAUAACUCUGCCAGCGAGAUGGCGUACGGAGAGGUGGAACAGCGCUUAGGUCAGCUGCAAGACCACCUGAACAGGCUGGAGUCUCAGCUGAUGACGGAUAUACAGACCAUCCUGCAGCUGCUGCAAAGACAACCGACGCUGGGACCUCCAGCCUACAGCACUGUGACUGCCAGUCCGGACUAUCACAGACCUGCUGUGAAGGUUCAGCCGGUUGCACUCACUGCAAGCCAUUAUUUCAGCCAUACAGGGAGUCAAGGUCCCAACCCAAAACUGGAGGCCAUUGAGGAAUCCAAAGACUCUCUGUCGAGUUUGGCCAACGUGAAUGCCCCCAUCGAGGGCAGCCUUACAGCACUGCUUGUACAGAGACAUACAGAGCCGCAACGGCCAGUCAGAGGGCAUCAACAGUCUGCACUGAUCCAUCUUCCAGCUGAAACAUCUUCCACACCCUCCUCCUCCUCCUCCCCAGCCCCUUCUGACUGCAACCUGAACCCCACUGGACUCAAUAGACCCGUGUCAGACUCAGAGCUUCCAAGGUCAUAAACCUUCCAGUAGUUCUAAUAUCUAGGUUGGAUUGCUCUAAUUACUGUUUAAGUAGCUGCUUUUUAUCGGCAUGCCGACACAGACAUCUGUAUUGUUCAUUUGUAUUGGCUUGGUAAUAGUAGCAAGAUGUUAUUUUCUUCCUUAUGCAUGUAAAAAAAUACUGUUUCUGCAGUUGACAGUGUGUUCAACUGUUUACUGCAGUUUUCAGUGUAAUAACAAUGGUUACAUAUUGUAACAGCAGUUCUAUUAACAAAGAAGCUCUUUUGGCAUCAGAUUUACAUUAAAAUGAUCCCCAACCAAUCGGAAUAAACCUAUCGAAGGAAGGUACUUCCCCUCUUACUUACUCGCCAACCUUCUCACUGAGAGCAGCGUAAUUGGGAGGAACGCUGGUUUAAUACUUCCACCCGGUUGUGAUAGAACCAGCACAACAACUCCUAAUCAACUCUCUUCUUCAAUUCCCUUUGUUCUCCAAUGGGCUCUAAUGGACUCUGCACCAAUUUCCGUGACUCAACAUGUUCCAACACGCGAUUGGUCAAACUGGGCCAGACUGAGUAGGCAAUUGAGAAAGCGAACACCACAAGUUCAGGAUCAAAUUAUCUUUGCACUCAAUUUGUGGUCCCCAGGAAGCAAGAGAGAGAGAGACGUCGAGCCAACUGCUUCUCGUCAUCCCCAGAUAAGGUUCCUGUAGCAGAUGAGAAUGAUUAGCAAUAAAGACCA